AUGGCGAUCGUUGGACUUUUCAUUGCCGAGCUCGUUUACGCCACAGGAGGGAAUGAACGUUGGCAUGCGGCAGAUAAGGCAGAAAAAGUGGAGUCGACGUUAUCUAACCAGAUCCUGCCUGCUCUGACUGGCAGGCAUCCUACCGGUGAAGUCUGUGUACCAUCAGUAAACAAACACGGCAUGCAACUUCUUCUUCAGCCUCCUUUAGAGGCUACAUAUGAGAGCUUGAUACUUCGAAGUCAUCACCACAAUAAAUUGGGAAAAUCUCUUCGUUCAAUGAAUCCUACUGUUUGGAUUGAAAAAGUCUUGGAUAAAGGACAGCCAUGCGAGCAAGCAGGGUUUCGAAAAGGUUUCGAUUCAGCACGAUUGACCACAUUCACACUGUUUCGAAACUCAUCGAGGUAUCACGAGAGUACAAGAUGCCGCUCUGUCUCAGGUAUCACGAGAGUACAAGAUGCCUUCAUCGACUUGAAGAAGGCCUUCGACUCAGCUGAGACGGAAGCGGUCGUGGAAGCCUUGGACAACCAAGGCGUCCCUACUCAGUAUAUUAAGGUACUUCGAGAGUUGUACAGUAACUUCACGACCGGAAUUUCGCCAUUCUACAAGAACAUCAUCAUUGACGUGAAGAGGGGGGUCCGACAGGGUGAUACAAUUUCACCCAAAAUAUUCACAGCCACCCUCGAGAACGCAAUGCGAAAGUUGGAAUGGGACGACAUGGGAGUGAAGAUUGAUGGUCGGCAGCUACACCAUUUGCGCUUUGCUGAUGACAUCGUACUGAUAACACCCAGCAUCAGCCAAGCGGAACGAAUGCUGACCGAAUUCGACGAAACAUGUGGAUACAUCGGUCUUCAGCUGAAUCUACAAAAGAUGAUGUUCAUGCGGAACGAUGGGUCUCGGAUGCCCCAUUCACGCUCAACGGAACGAACACAUCCGAAUGCACCAGCUACGUUCAUCUGGGUCGGGAACUGA